CCCAAAACUCUCCUUUUUAUUCGUACUCAGGAAGUAAGAAUCAAUAAACAAUUUCAAAGCUUUGGCGCCAAUUCCACUUCUCUCUAUUUCUUUCCCAAUUGUACUUGUAGGGUUUCUUCUUCUUUUUUUCUUCACUUCCCAAAUAAGAAAAUUCCCAGAAUGACCUCCACAAGUCCUCUACGCAUCAACGACGACGAGGAUGACGACGAAUUUGAUUGGGAGGCAGCUGUUAGAGAAAUUGAUGUCGCAUGUGAAAACGCAAACCUCCAAACCGAACCUUCUUCUUCACGUUCUGAAAAUAAUUUAUCUAAUGUGAUUUUGAAAAAGCCCGGUGCUUGUAAGCAAUCUACACUAGAGAGGUUUAUUGGGAAGACAGUUAGGCCGGACCCACCACCUGGAAAUCCAACUGUUAUUGAUGAUGAGAAUGGGGUAAGCUGCAUUGAAAUUGAUGCCGAGGCAGCUAAAACUUGGAUAUACCCAGUUAAUGUUCCAGUUCGUGAUUAUCAAUUGGCGAUAACAAAGACGGCAUUGUUUUCAAAUACAUUGGUGGCAUUACCAACUGGGCUUGGAAAGACACUUAUUGCUGCAGUUGUUAUGUACAACUAUUUUAGGUGGUUUCCCGAUGGGAAAAUAGUAUUUGCUGCUCCAUCUCGACCACUUGUGAUGCAACAAAUUGAAGCAUGCCAUAAUAUUGUGGGAAUACCACAAGAAUGGACAAUUGAUAUGACAGGUCAGCUAAGCCCUGCAAAAAGGGCAUGCUUUUGGAAAACUAAACGAAUGUUCUUUGUUACUCCACAAGUUCUGGAGAAGGAUAUUCAAGCUGGCACAUGUUUGGUGAAACACCUGGUGUGUUUGGUCAUUGAUGAGGCUCAUCGUGCAUUAGGAAAUUAUUCUUAUUGUGUGGCAGUUCGUGAGUUAAUGGCAGUACCAAUUCAGCUAAGAAUACUUGCUUUGACAGCAACACCAGGAUCAAAGCAACAGGCCAUCCAGCAUAUUAUUGACAAUCUACAUAUUUCAACACUUGAAUACCGCAAUGAAGGUGAUGCUGAUGUCGUUCCAUAUGUUCACAACAGAAAGAUUGAAUUGAUUGAGGUUGCACUGGGAAAAGAUGCUGUUGACAUAAAUAAACAGCUAUUGGCAGUGAUACAUCCAUAUGUGGCCAGGCUUUCUGCAGUUGGACUUCUCCAAAAUAGAGACUAUAAGACUUUCAGCCCCCCUGAUUUACUUAAUUCAAGGGAUAAAUUUCGUCGAGCACCACCAUCAGAACUUCCCCAAAACAAGUAUGGAGAGAUUGAAGCUUAUUUUGCAGGUCUUAUUACUCUUUAUCACAUUCGUAAGCUCCUUUCAAGUCAUGGAAUACGGCCAGCAUAUGAGAUGCUGGAAGAAAAGUUGAAACAAGGGUCAUUUGCAAGACUGAUGUCCAAAAAUGAAGACAUUAGAAAAGUAAAGCUUUCAAUGCAGCAAAGCUUGUCCCAUGGUGCACCUAGUCCCAAAUUGUCAAAAAUGUUGGAGAUACUGACGGACCAUUUCAAAGCAAAGGACCCACAGAACUCAAGAGUGAUAAUUUUCUCUAAUUUUAGAGGAAGUGUAAGGGAUAUAAUGGAUGCAUUGACAAAUAUUGAGAACGUAGUUAAAGCAACUGAGUUUAUUGGUCAAAGCUCAGGAAAAGCAUUGAAAGGCCAGUCACAAAAAGUUCAACAGGCUGUUUUGGAGAAAUUCCGAGCUGGUAAAUACAAUGUUAUCGUUGCAACAUCAAUUGGUGAAGAAGGUCUGGAUAUUAUGGAAGUUGAUCUCGUAAUAUGUUUUGAUGCUAAUGUGUCACCACUAAGAAUGAUUCAGCGCAUGGGAAGAACUGGUAGGAAGCAUGAUGGACGGGUUGUAGUUUUAGCUUGUGAAGGGUCUGAGCUGAAGGGUUAUAUGCGAAAACAAGCAAAUAGCAGAGCCAUUAGUAAACACAUGCACAAUGGUGGGAUAAGUAGCUUCAGUUUCCAUUCUAGCCCAAGGAUGAUACCCCAUGUUCUUAAACCUGAAGUCCAAUUUGUCAAGCUAUCGAUUGAGCAAUACAUACCUCGUGGGAAGAAACUGAAGGAUGAUAAUGCUAUCCGGACACCUGUUUUCGAAUCCAAACUAAAUGUUGCAGAGGCUUCUUUAAUUGCCAAGUACUUCCAUCCCACAAGUGAAAAAUCUUGGCGGCCAUCUCUUAUUGCCUUUCCUCAUUUCCAGGCAUUCCCUUCCAGAGUGCAUAAAGUAAUGCACUCUUGUAGAACAGACAUGCUGAUUGAUACAAUGCAGUGUUUGCAAAAUCUACUGUUCUCUAGGGAGAGAGGAGAUCUUAUAAUUGAGGAUGAAAUCGCUUCAGGCAAGUGCUUGGGUGACAACAAAGAGAACAACAACAAAGAAGAUCCACAUCUAUGGGUUGAUUCUCCAAGCACCAAACCACAGGAAAAAGUAGAAGAUUCUGAAGUAUCACCCCUGAAGACCCCGAGAAGCGAGAAGCAUAAUGUGCUGGAUCUCCAUGGCCAAAGCUCUCCGGCUCAUGCUUACCUGUUCAGUUCUGACUUUGUGUCUGUAGAUGCUCUUGGGAAGGUCAUAAUUUUGUCUGUCCCUGUAGUUCCAUUGAAAGAGGCGAUACAUUGUAAGUUUACAAGUCCUAGCACUCAAAAUCCUUGCCAUUUGAAGGCACCAGAUGAAAAUGACAAGGAGCUGACGGUGCAAAACAAGUCUAGACCAGAUCUGAUUACAUCUUUGGCUCAACAUGAAAUAAAUGUGGCUUUAACGAUACCAAAGUCUAAUGCCCAGGAAGACAAAAUAUCGAAUCGUGUUGAAGUUAUUCCUGAGACUCCAUUAGUGAAGAAUACUCUUUUAAGUGGAGGAGAUUUUGUGGAUGAAACACUUGAUUGCUUGGAAAUCAAGGCACCACCUUUGCAGGCUGAUGAGUACAAUAAUAUUGAGUGGAGUCCUAGGCUAACUAAUAUGAUCCAAAGUGGUGUGGUUCCAGAGUCUCCAAUCAAUGAUAUUGGAUGGUCUAAUAGUAAAGGAAGGAGCAAGUUUCUUACUACAGACGUCAUUUCACCCAUGAAAUCGUGUAAUGAUCUGCAGCCAAGGUCUCCAAGUCAGUGGAAGAAUGAAAGAGCUAUCAAUAAUAGUGCCUGUCAAAGAAAUCUCUUAGUUUCCUCUAUUAAUAAUGCAAUGCAAACUCCUUUGGUUAAGGAGAAUAAUGUUGCCAGAACAGGUGGAUGCACCUCAAUUUCUCCAGCUGCUGACGAAACUUAUACUAACUGUAGCAAAGAUUGGGUUUUGAGUUCUGGAGACAAGUCAGAAAAUGUCAAACAAGUACACAAGUUCAGAAGAUUGCGGAAAAUUGGAGAUAUUGAGAGAAAUAGGAAUGCACAAGACAAAAAGGAAAAAACAUUAGUGAACCUUGAUAGAUCUUUUUCUGGUAUUAGUCCUAACCAAAUUAGGCGUGGUAAAGGUAAAAUGAAACAAAAUGGCAAAAUCAUGGCCUUCAUUGAGGAGGAAGCUGAGGUGUCUUCUGAAGCUGAAAUAUCAGAUGAUGAGGAAGACGAGCAAGGCAACAGUUCAUAUGAUGAUAGUUUCAUAGAUGACAGGACAAAUCCGACAGCUGCAAGCACGCAAGCUGAAAAUAGUAGAGUGGAUAUGAUGGCAAUUUACAGGCGAUCUUUGCUCACCCAAUCACCAAUGGAGAGGGAAUCAAAUUCUUUUGUCACCAGAACUCCUGAUAGUGGGACUUCCAUUAGCAGAAUGAAUGAAAGCAAAAGUUCCUCAGUCAAGACAUAUUCAAUUCAGACCCCGCAAACUGAUUCUGAAAACAAGUCUGUUGGAAAGGAUUCAGAUUUCUUUCCAAUAAACACUGACAGAAUGUCAGCAGCAAUGCCUCGUGUAACCACUAAUAGUAUGCAAGAAAAUGAGACAAAGCUUGAAACUAGGAAAAGGAAAUUGAGUUUUUUUCAAUCAGGAUCUAUUCCUGCUAUCAACCUGGAGCAAGAAUUCAGUUUGCAACCAAAUGCUGCCAGAAAAGAUACAUUCCUGCAGGAUCCAGUGCAAAACUCUGAUGCCAAUGGGGAAAUUUUUCAUGACGAUCAAUUCUUUGCCAACCUUGAUCUUGAUGCUGUGGAGGCACAAGCUACCUUGCUUCUCAAACACAGAUCAGAGUUAUCAGUACAAAAGCAUGAUGCAGUUUCAGUGUCCAGCAUACAAAAUUUUGACCUUCAGAAUUCUCCAUCAUUUGAUCUUGGGAUAUAGUGAUUUAAGGUGUAUCUAUUUAGUUCCCUUCCUCAAACAUCCUUUUGAAGAGUUGUUGCAAGCUAAUAUUCAGCAGCUACUCAAAAGGCUUUUGAGAUUUCAGGGAAAUUUCUCUUGUAGGAAAUAGGAUACGUACAUAAGUGUAAAGCAAUGUAAUUUAUAUAGGAAAUUAUGUAGCAUAUCAGAAGUAAAGGAGAGAGAAAGGACUAUAUGUAGCUCCAUGUAUAGAAGGAAAAAUUUCCAUUCACAGAUUUAUCAGAAAUAAUUGUCCAUGAAAA